GUAGGUUCAAAGGCUCCACCAGUCGGUACUCAAACAAGAUCAGGCUAAACAUUGCUUGUCAAACAUCACCAAUAAUAUUGAACAUGACGCUACGUUUGGCUCUCGUAUUUGUCUCAGCAUUGGUCAUCUUCAAGGUCGGAGCUUUCCCUUCUGUCGAAAAUGAGGCCGUUGUUGCCCCGAAACAAUCGAAUGUGGGUGAGCUAACGAGCGCAACAACCGAGGCCUGUAAACGCGAAGGUGGUUUGUGCGUGAUCAAAAGUCAAUGCCCUCAGCAAUCGCUAUCAUCCAAGAAGGGUUUGUGCGGCGGAGACAAGGAAUGCUGCCACUCACUGCCAGAUACUAUCGUCGGUUGCGAAGAACGUGGCGGAACGUGCAGGCUGUCAUCUGAAUGCAAGAAAGGUCCUCGCGAUCCGCUUGGCCGCUGUGACACUGGUCACGUUUGCUGCAUCCUCAUUAGGUAAAACUGGAUUUGCUUAAGGAGAUCGUCCGCUAAAAGUCGAACUAAAAAAUGUAAUGGCAUAAUCCCUUGGAUUCAAAUGCGCAUCAUAUUAUUAUUGGGUGAAAGUCAAUCAUGUCGAAAGGGUAUUAUUGGUGAUUUUAAAAUACAAGGAAUUAAUCAAA